GUCCCAUGAUGCACCGGUGGUAACAAGUAAAAGUUCAAAGUUCAAACAUUACAGUGGAAAUAGGGCUCUCGCUGGCUGACUCCGUACUAAUAGACAAAGAUAAAUACGUCGGCGGACAUUGGACUGAGCCGAGUGUCAGAGGGCGUGUAGGAGCGGCAGACGAACCCGAACAUGUCCCACGGUUAACGGAUACUGUCGCGUUGGUGUCGUUGGAUUUACAGGAGGACGGUUAUCUGGCGGUUAAUGCUAGCACGCUAGCUCUCGCUGAGCAAUCAGAGACUACUGCUACUGCUACUUCCACUUUCGUCACUUAACCGCUACUGUUUACACACAGCACUGCAGCUAUGUUCGUCCAGGAGGAGAAGAUAUUCGCCGGCAAGGUGCUGAAAAUACACAUCUGCACUAUGGACGGCACGGAGUGGUUGGAGGAGGUGACGGAAGACACCACGAUAGAGAAAGUGAAGGAGAAGUGUUUGAAACAUUAUGUACAUGGAAGUCUAGAAGACCCUAAAACACUCACACACCACAAACUCAUACACACAGCCACAGAAAGAGUUCUCACUGACACCAAAACUGUUGCUGAGGAAAACAUUAAAAAUAAAGAUGUUUUGCUGCUAAUAAAGAAAAGACCUCCACCUACGCCUCCAAAGAUGGCAGACAUUAGUGCAGAGGAAAAGAAGAAACAAGAAACCAAGGCUCCAGACAAAGAAGCAAUCCUUAAAGCCACUGCCAAUCUGCCCAAACGCCACACUGACCGCACUGUCACCCAACACAACAUCAGAGAUUUCCAAACGGAGCUCAGAAAAAUCCUGGUUUCUCUAAUCGAGGUCGCCCAGAAGCUCUUAGCCCUGAACCCUGACGCUGUGGAACUCUUCAAAAAAGCUAAUGCGAUGUUGGACGAAGAUGAAGAGGACCGAGUGGACGAGACGGCCCUCCAGCAGUUGACUGAGAUGGGCUUCCCAGAGAACAGGUCCAUUAAAGCUCUCCGACUAAAUCACAUGUCAGUGACCCAGGCCAUGGAGUGGCUAAUAGAACACAUAGAUGACCCUGCUGUAGACACACCGCUUUCAGGCCAGGAUUCCUCUGGGGGGGCAGCAGGGGCCGCAGAAGCCUCCCUGCCAAGCACUUCCGCCUCAGCAUCAGGGCUCACUCUUCCCCACAGCCUCUCCAGGCAGUCGAGCGCGGACGCGGGCAACAAACAAGACGAGCUCACAGAGAUUUUCAAGAGGAUCCGCAGGAAACGAGAGUUCAGGCCGGACUCUAGAACCGUCAUUGCAUUGAUGGAGAUGGGCUUCGAUGAAAAGGAGGUGAUCGACGCCCUAAAGGUCAACAACAACCAACAGGAUGCUGCGUGUGAGUGGCUGCUUGGAGACAGGAAACCUUCUCCAGAGGACCUGGACAAAGGCAUCGACAUCAACAGCCCCCUGUUCCAGGCCAUCCUGGAGAAUCCAGUGGUCCAGCUCGGCCUGACCAAUCCCAAGACUUUGUUAGCAUUUGAAGACAUGCUGGAGAAUCCACUCAACAGCGCCCAGUGGAUGAACGACCCAGAGACCGGCCCCGUCAUGCUCCAAAUUUCCAGAAUCUUCCAGACCCUUAAUCGCACAUAGAGCCUUCUGGUGAUGCUCAUGUAUGACCGUGGCAGCUUGUGUGUGUAUUAGAAAGAGUAUGACGUGCGUGUGUGCGUGUGUGUGUGUGUGUGCGUGUGUGUGUACAGUAUAAAGUCAGUAGAGACAGGAGAACUGUUUUUGCCUUGUGAAGAGAACGCUGGAGGAGUCAUAAAAAAGGUUAUAUAUGUGUGUAAAAGUAUUUAUAUCAAUACAUAAACACACACUUAUACGAAGCGAGUGUUAACAUAAAACAAUAUUACUGUAAUAAUAAAACAUGAGACAGAUUUACUUACGUUGUUUUCACAUUUUAACGAGAACAGUUUAUAGUCGAUUAUUUUUUGUGUGAUUUUUUCUCCCACGUUCAAAACGACAUCGGACAUCGAUAUUAAUGUUUACAAUUUAAAGAAGAAAAAAAAAGCUUUUUGUGCGCUCAGCAAUGUUUCAAAUAUCAAUUUCAGUUUUUUACUCUGGUUUGAAACGUUACACUUCAUGUCGUCUCUCAUCAGUGUCUUGUUUUGUUUUUUAAUUUAUUAAAUUACCUGCUCACUGUUGGAGGCCGACGGUUAAUUUGAGUUGAUUUGAUGGUGGUAAACAAUAAUUUAUCUUAUUUAAUAUAUCUAAUAUUUUUAAUUUGAUUUUAUUUUCAUUUUAAAUUUGGUCAGUUGACCUCUGACCUAUUUGUGUCUGGUUCGCGUUUCUUCCCCGAAAUCCAUCACUUUUAAGUUUGCUGUUUGCUUGUGGAUCUGCUCUAGGACAGUGGUUCUCAAACUCUUUUGCACAGUGUACAACCUUAAAAAAAAAUUUGUCUCUUCAAAUACCACCAUUACGGACCAACAUUAAAAUACAGCAAAACAAGUUCACUUUGAUCCGCUCACCUCAGUACAAGAAUAAUAAGAUUUCUGGUUAUAAUAUUGCACAAUUUAUACUGAAGCAAUACUACAUCUAGUGUUUGGAUGCAAUCUGUAAAUCAUCAACAAAUAAGAGUUAGCUAAAACAUUCCAUCAACCUGAGCGUAAUUUGAAACAGAUUCUCCGCCUUACCACUAGAUGGCGCCCAAAUACCACAAGUGCCACAUGUAGGAUCGUUCGAGAGCCACUGUGUUAGAACGUCAUAUCAACACGUUGCAUUCAUUUAGCACCUGUUGACGUGUGAAUAUUAUUUACUGCAGUACUUAGCAUUUAAAGAAGCGUUGAAGUGUGUUGUUGUUGUUGUUGUUGUUAGUUUCCAUGUUUAACGGAGCUACGCUGAAUCGACAGAGUUGAGUUUUUUUUUUUUAAGAAGUCAGUCCUAUCAGAAAUCUACAGAUGCAUGCUCGCUCUGGUGACAUACGCAUCUUUAAACAUUUGUGGUUUCCUUUUUUUUCUUCUUCUCAAAAGCAAUGAACGUAAAUGCUGUUGAACCAAACGUUCAAACACACAACCUGCCUUGGCAUCGGAUGCAUCUUCUGGAAAUAGCCUGUAUUCUGUGCAAUAGCGACCAGUUACAAAAAUAUGACCUGUGAUGUAUAUUGUAUUCAAAUAGAGAUGUGUGAACUGCGUUGUGUAGUUCGAUAUAUUAUUAUAAUAAUUAUUAUUGUUAUUAUAUUGGCCUCUGCUUUCAUUUCUUAAAAAUGCCCAGUUAUGCUACAGUGAACCUUCCAUUGCAUUAGCUAUACCGAUAGUGAACUUAACACGGAGAAUGGUGUGUUUUGCCAAGAGUGUUUUUAAUUCACUAUUUAAAUUUUGGUAUCAGCGUGAUUUGUUUUUUGUUUUUUGCUCAGGGAGGCUGAUUUUUUGUUGUUGUCAUGGCUUAAAAAAAAAAAAAAAAAAACUCUGUUCAGCCCCUUUUAUUGUGACAUUUGGAAAUUUCUUUAAUUUGUGCGUUUUGCUUCGACCAAGUGCUUCACUAAUAUGUGGUUUUUUUAAUUUGCAAUAUUUGAAAAUAUUUAAAGGUAUGGUUUUGGUCUAAACCACGUUAUUACAUUAUUUAUACCGAAGCCUAACUAGUUACUUGCCUUUUUAUUUAUAAUUGUUUUUUGUUUUGUUUUUUGCAAACCUCAGAGCUGAUCUACAAAUGUGAAUAUGUUUUAAAAAAAGAAUGUUGUUUUAAUAAACCAUUGUAAAACGUGCUUAUGGACUGGUAGGCCACAGACAUGAUAACGGGGGUGAGGGGUUAAAGGUCACAGGUGAUGCUAAAAUAUGCCACCAGUCUCUGCAGACCUUUUGUACUGUAGUGAACUUUUUAGACAGCCACGUUGCUCUGCUGCCCGGUGUUGGUGUGGAAGUUCAUAUGGGAAUCACAUAUAAAUAUAUAUAUACACAUACAGAAGAUGCACACCUCCAUCAAUUGAAUCAACAGGAAACAAAAAAGGACAGGAUGAAUCUUCUCGCUAAAGGACAUUGACAACAACAAAAAAAAUUACGGAUUACUUUUUCACUUGGCUUUCCUGCAGGACUGUUCCAGAUCAACAACCUAUGCAAUAGUCAGUUCAUACAAACAGCCUGUUGGCUGCUGUCAUCUAAAACACUAUUGCAUUAAAGGUGUUUUUUUUU